GACGAUCAUAUCAACGAAGCAAUGUAUGAAAUCCGUCAACGUGUGCAAAAUCUGGAACCUGUCCACAAGAAGUUCUUUCUUUGUGACGUGCAGUGUUGUGAAUACUUCAAGUAUUGGGAAAUAGGGCAGAAAGAACUCGACGGUAUUGGACAAUAUAUCAGUGGAGAUUUACCACUUGGCGGUGGAUCCCGAAAAUUGGAGCAUUACAAAGGUUUCAUUAGUGUGCUGAAUAUUCCGUCAUUGACAAAUCCUGGCGUGUCUGUCCAUUGGGUGACAAUUAAAGUGGACUUCUCCAACACUCUAAUUCAAGUAUAUGAUUGCAACCGGAAGAUGAAGGCGGCCACCCUUAAAGUCAUUCACAAGUUAUGCAGAAGUAUCCCAGAUGUCUUCAAGAGGAGCGGGACCAAACGAAUUGACGUCUCAUGCAUGUUUUCCAUGGAGGUAAUGUCCGACCUACCUCAGAAUGAAAUAGGAAAUGAAUGCGGCAUUUACAGCAUCAAAUAUGCGGAGGCACUCUACAAAGGUGAGCCAAAAUUAUUGGAACAGGUGAACGAUGAGAUGAUAUAUUUUAUGCGGGAGAAAGUUGCAUGUGAUAUAUUUGCUAAUGGCAAGGAAGUCACGGUACCUCCAGAAGAAUGCCCAAAGUCUUCGUCAUGA